ACCGAGGAGCUGUAUUUUACCAAAGAGGAGUCUGGGGGGUCAGUCGGCGGAGGAGAGCUGCAGAGUUAUUUAGGUACACUAGAAGCAGGAGCAGCCAGCCGGGGCGAUCUGAGUGUUUCCUGGCUUUGAUGCGACCCGAGUGUGCCUGGAGCAUGUCCACAGUGGGCCUGACUGCCCAGGAGAUCUCUUUUCCCAUAGAAAACCCCUUCCUCCGGGGCAGCUACUGUCACAGCAUGGCUGGAUCCAAACCCUCCUGGAACUAUCGCCAUGAGCUGGACAACCCGUACUUCAGUAUGGACACAGCGCACACAGAUCACAGCUCUCGGGCCCAACAAAAGGGGCCACCUCCACCAUCUCUAAGUUAUGAACGACAUAAACACAGUCCCAGCACACAAAGAUUACCUCCAAAGAAAUCCCGGCCCUCCCAUCUCUCCCUGUCCUGCAGUGCUGAACCCUCUACCCCGAGUCCUAAUGAUGAUGACCAGGUGGUCCCCUCAUUCCAGAGGCUCUCGGUGUACGAGUGCAGCAGCCCACCACAGACACCAGGCAGAUGCUCCAAGCCUCUUCCCCCCAUCCCUCCACAAACUGACAUCUCCCCUGAGCAAGCUAUUGACAAUGAGGUAGAAUUUUUCACAAGUUCGGACGACAGCUGCUGUCUGGUGUCUGAUCACUGUCCCAAAUCGUCUCCUUUUCGAUAUGGAGUCCUCGGCCGAAGGAGCUUCAGGGACUGCGGGCAGAUUAACUAUGCUUACUAUGAGGGUUCAUUAGGACCGCAAAGCCAGAGGCAGCCCCAGCAGCACCAUCAGACACAUCCUCCACAGGAAGUGCGGGAACAGUAUGAGCAGCAGCGACAUGAACCGCCUGAGCCGGUGGUCUGUCAGAGACAGCAAGACAAGGCUCAGAGGAGGCUACGGCGUUCUCACUCCGGCCCAGCCGGAUCCUUCAACAAACCCUCGCUGCUGCGCCUCACUUGCCACAAACGCCACACCCACAGUAUGGAUAAGCCAGAGGUGCCACCCCCUAUCCCUCCCCGACCAAUCAAGACAGGAGACUACCGCCGCUGGUCAGCAGAGGUCUCGUCUGGGGCUUACAGUGAUGAGGACAGACCACCCAAGGUGCCCCCAAGGGACCCUUUGUCUAGAGGCAGCUCUCGCACCCCUAGCCCCAAGAGCCUCCCAACAUACAUUAAUGGGGUGAUGCCCCCUACUCAAAGCUUUGCACCAGAUCCUAAAUAUGUAAGCUGUCGCGGUUUACAGAGACAGAACAGUGAGGGCUCACCCUGCAUCCUUCCUGUUAUGGAGAAUGGCAAGAAGGCCAGCACCACACAUUACUAUCUCCUGCCUCAGCGGCCUGCUUUUGUGAACUCACCUUGUGUAGAGAAAUUUCUUCGCUGCAUGGACAGCCCUGCAGCUCGCAAUGCAGAUGUAUCAGACUCAGACUGGGACUGCCACACCAGGCGGAGAGCACAUGUGGAUUUAGUUUGAAAAGUUUUAGCAGAAGUAGCAGAGGACUCUACUGUACAUGAGCAAAAACCACUUGACAAAACGGUGAAACUGGACACUAACAACCCUCAAACUGCUGCUUUUACUGUUGUUUUUUUUAACCCCUUAUGUAUUCUGAUCACACAGGGUAUGUGCGCACUGUAUUCAGUUACUGGUAAUGUUGGAAAAGCUAUCACAACUGAGAUACUUUACACAAAAAAAAAAAAAGUAUCUCUGUCUAUAGAUUGUGGGCAAAAUUCAACAUUUGUAGAGCUUAUUUUUGAUAUGAUUUUUAUUUCAUGACAUUCAAUAUUGUGCUGUUUUUGCUGAUGAUGUGGUACAGUCAGAAGGUACAAGCGGGGCUUGAACCUCAUGUGCUCAGUAUUCUGUGUCUGUAAGGUUGAAGCUGUUUUGUGAGAUGCACCGGGGCUUUUUGAUGCUGCUUUUGUGUCUCACAGGGGACAGGAGGUCAGUAAUGUAACCAUUUAUUGCUUAAUAUAUGAAGUCUAAACCCAAGGCCAAUUAAUUUUUAACAAAAUGAAGGAUGCUAGCACACAAAUCUCCAUUCUGUUUGCUAUUAUAUAUCAACACUGAUAUGGUUUCCAUGCCUUGAUGAAGUUUCAGUCUUACUCAGGCCGCUGUAUCGGUGCGAAUUUGUGUUUCCCACGUGGCGCGUGGUCAUGGUACAUAUUGUACUGAGAGGUGGGUUACAUUACUGGUAGCUAUGCAUGUUGCCAUUGGAAUGUCUAGUGCAGCUUAUAUCGUGUAGUUGUCUGUUGAUGAGUGUGUUUGUGUGUAUGUAUGUGCGUGGACGUGUUUGUGCAUACGUGCAUGUGAACCGCAGUGGGGAAAAGUGUUCUGGUGAUACUUUAUAGAACAACUUUCUACAGUCAAGUAGAAAGUUGUCAACCAUACAUGUUACUGUGCUCCGCUUGUUUGCAGUGCCUGCUUGUGAGCUCAGCACACAUUUUAAUUGCUUUCUUUCAAUGUCCAGGUCUGUUUUCUUGCACAGAAAUUGGCCUGUUGAACGUUAAGUGAAUGUAUGCUAUUCUUACUGAAAUUCCGUCAAACAGUUGGAGGAGCUUAUUUUUGGUCAAGCUGUGAGUCAUUGCUUGGAACGAAUUUCCAUCAAGUACUACCUCCCUUUCAUAUUAAUCCUGUAUUUCAUAUACUCCCCAUUUAAAUUGUAUCCAAAGGCAAAAUCUGAAAUUAUAAUCUACUAAACAUGAGGUAACCAGCUCCAUAUGUGACCUGAGACAAAAGCUUUAAUUCCCUUCAGUUAAGAGUAACACAGAGUCAUUAUCCUUAAAUAGAGAUUUCAGAUCAGGCAGAUCUCAGAUCACUGAGAUCUUAGGCUAACCUGUUAAUACAGACGCAUUACAAAGACAGUGCAGGGUUUACCUACCUGACACAGACUUUCCUGUUCUGCUCAUGCAUUCCUGCCUUACAUGAUUGCAGUGGGUGUGGUCUGAGAGACUUUGGCUGCUGGCAGCCUAGAAAAUGUAUGAAUUUUAUUGUUGUAGAUUAUUCAAGAAGCAUCAGGAUGAUAUAGUAAAUGUAGCAUACGUAUUGAAGUAACCCUUGAUAUCGAACACGGUGUUCAGUUUGGGAAGCAGAUAACUGCUAAGGUCAAACGGUCAUUGAAGUAUACUUUUUCUCUCCCUCCUGCUCACAAAACCUUGCCAACACAAUGUUGCUUUUGACUUAAAUGUUUGAAAAAUGUUUACAUCAUACACUGAUACUAUUUAAUCUUAAGGUAUUCAUAUGUCUUAUUAGAAAUAAUAAAACUGAAUGAAGACUAGUUUAUCGAGACAUAACUUCUCUGCUGUGGUGAAGACAUGCACUGGGAGAGUACAGUAUGCUGUGUACAGUAUUUAACAGUUCCAUUUGUUGUUAUGAAUAGUUUAUAAGCAUAUAGUCUUUAAAAAGAAAGCAAAA